GAGCCGAUAAAGCCGCGGCGGGCGCGCCCGUCCCGGGGCUCCGUUCUUUGUCACCGUCCCCGCGGCAGAGCAGGGUCCCCGUGUGCCAUGGAGCUGCCGUGGCUGGGCGAGCACUGCUCCGAGCGCUCCUGCAAGCAGCUGGAUUUCCUUCCCCUGAAAUGUGACGCAUGUGGGGAAGUGUUCUGUAAAGAUCACAUCCGUUACGAUGACCACAAGUGCAGCUCUGCCUACAAGAAAAAUGUGCAGGUGCCAGUGUGUCCCCUCUGUAACACACCUAUCCCAGUGCAGAAGGGAGAAAUCCCAGAUAUUGUAGUUGGAGCCCACAUAGAUAAGGACUGCAAGUACAACCCAGCCCAGCAAAAGCAGAAGAUCUUCACAAACAAAUGCACAAAGCCAGGCUGCAAAAGGAAAGAGAUGAUGAAGGUGGUUUGUGAACAGUGUGGUAGCAGCUUCUGCAUUAAACACUGGCAUCCUCUGGAUCACGACUGCAGAGGGAGCAGCCGGCCCAUCUCCAAGGCAGGAUGUGCAGCUCUGAUGAGAGCAUCUCAUCCCACCUUCAAGUCCCCGGGAGCAAUUGGAGUGCCAUCUAAUGGGAAUCGUCAGCACAACAGGUACCAGGAGAAAAGACAAAUUAAAACCAGGCUGUGGCAGUGCCACUGUCACACCUCUGAGUGCUCUAGAGCUGGUGGCUGACCUGUGCAGAUAGUAGAGGCUCUUCACAUCUGGAUCAAACCUUUAAAAUGAAGUUAAUAUCUUCUAUCUCUCUCUAUAAGUUUCUAUGCAAUUAACUUAUUUUUGUAUCAUAAUUAUGUAUGCAUGCAAUAAACUGCUACCCUUUCCAAGCCAA